GCUAUUAUCCCUGCAUUGCAAGGUAAUAGAUUGAUGUACUCUGCUUAUGACUGUUUCAUUAAGUAAAAGCAAGCUCAUAAACUUCUGAAUAUAAGUAAGACAUCAGCUACUCCCGCUCCAAGCCUUGCGAGAGAGUCACUGUGCUCAGCAGGGUGAAAGUCUUUGUGUCCAUUCACCUCGGGGUGUGUUUACUUGGAAGCAGAGGCGGGCAGGGAAAUACACAGGGUAUGUGGGCAAUGCUAUGUAACCUGAGGGACAUGCACCCAGCAGGAGUGAAUGAACCUAUGACACCCUGAGUAGGAGAAGAGCAGAGUGGCCACACAGAGUGAGAGAUUUUAAACCAUGGCCGACGUAAGCCAGCAAACUGAAACCACUACCCCGUCUGUUGCCCAAAAGAAGCUUCAGAGAGCAAUUUGGUUCUUCCGCACAGGAGACCUCACUACCUGGAACUAUGCUAUUCUGGGCCUAGCACUUGCUGGACUUCUCUUGGGAAUGUUCCUUUUGAUACGAAAUAUUCUAGGUAACAGGAAGAGGAAGAUGAUUGAAAUGUAUAAGAAAAAAGAGGCUUCUGCUGUGCCAGAGGAGGCUGAGAACAAACAGGCAGAGGUCUACUUGGAAAAAGAAGACUCUUCCACUAAAGCUACUCUGUUGCAGAAGGAAAUGAAGCCUGGGGAUAUCACAGUGCAAUGGAAGGACGGGCACAUUGAGUCCCUCUAUACUGCACUGCCAGAAGAGGAUGUAUAAAAGCUCCCUAGUGUAUUAUAUUAAAGGACAGCAUGUACCCAGGUCUCAAGAAAAAAAAAUAAUCCACAUUGCAAAGACAUUUCUCAUGGUCAUAACCCUUAAUACACCCAUUUUCCUUUAUGGAUCUCCAAGAAAUGCAGGGAAAUCAUGCACAGAUAUAAUUAGGGUAUUACAAGUCUCUACCUCGGUGGUUGUCAAACUUUUUCAGUUCAAGCCUCACUUGAAGGUCCAACCUUUGGCUAGGGUUUCCCUUGUAUCUUCUUAGAAAAAAACAGGCCGGCACAAAACCCGGAGUGGAGUAGAAAUAUGAUGCUUAAUGUCGCUAUUUAUUAAGAAUUUAAUUCAGCCCUAUGCAUUUCCUGCCCCAUAUGGGCAUUUAAUCAAAGACCCCCUUAAUAAUAGGUUCCCCUUGCUCAUGAAAUGGGUACAGAUGUAAGAAAAAAUUGUUGUUUUAGUCAUAGUUUGAACAGUAUUUAUGACAGUAAAUACACAUUCACCCCAAAUCUCACCCUAACCGGCCUUCAAGCUGGGCAUUCAGGUGUAUCUAGGGAAGCACAAACAUGGCCGUUCUUCCCAAUUCUCACCCUAAGAGACCUUCAAGCUGGACUUGUAUCUAGGGGUACAAGCAAGGAUUUUAAGGAUACUACAAGUAUGUGAGUACUAAAAAGUAUUCAGAUGACAGUACCCUGCACUCUUGGAUGGCUGGUUGCAAGCAAAAACAGUUAAUGUAGGGUGUUGUGUGCCAGACAACAGUACAGUGCAAUGAAAUGAUGUUUACCAUGAAUUGUUCAGGGGAUGUCAGAUAUUGUACCUGUGGACUGCCUAUGGCCUUUAUGUUUUAAGUCUAGCUAUAUAAUUUUAAUUUAAAAUAAACCCAUGUUUUCAGUGAGACUGUGGGUUGCAUAAAAUAGUUAAAUGGAUGUUGUAAUAUUACUUCUGGAUAAUUUACUUAUAAAGGUAUAGGAUCCAUUAUCCAGAAACCCAUUAUCCAGAAAGCUCAGAAUUUUAGAUAGACUGUCUCCUAUUGGUUCCAUUAUAACCAAAUAAUUAAUUUUUUUAAUUAAUUCCUUUUCUCUGUAAUAAUAAAACAGUACCUUGUACUUGAUCCAAAUUAAGAUAUAAUGAAUUCUUAUUGGAGGCAAAACAAUUAAUAUUCGGGUUUAAUUAAUAUUAAAAUAAUUUCUUUUUAGUAGAAAUAGGGAGAUCUAAAUUACAAAAAAAUCCCUUUUCCACAAAACCCCAGGCCCUGAGCAUUCUGGAUAACAGGACCCCUACCUGUAAUACUUUAUACAUGCCUAAAUAGCGCUGCCGUUUUCUGUUACAUAAGAGAUGUGGUGUUCAUAAAAUUCUGUAUCUUAAAAGUA